AAGAUCAUAGUUAGGUGACCGUGUGACUGCAACAGAACAGCUGAGCGUAGUUACAAAAGUAGAGAGCAGUGGAGCAUUAUGUCAAAACAUAAAAUCAUUACCCUUCGUGUUCAGUCGUCGGAAGGAACAAAACGCGUGGAAGUUGAACCAAGUGACUCUAUAUUACACUUGUUUGAAAAGGUGCAUGAUGCUUUUGGUUUGAGUGGAUACACAUUUGCUCUUUAUCGUGAACGUGGGAGGAAGGAUGAACUUAUUUCUUCCCGUUCAAGAACCAUUCGCUCAAGUGGAUUGCGCCAUGGUGAUAUGGUUUAUAUGUGUCCUCUUAAUGGAGCACUGCUUUGGUCAGAGCCAUCACCUGGCAGCAGCAACAGUAUGGCCCACGAUGAACCGAUUGAUGACUAUCCCGAGAAAUCUUCAUCCACUCCCGGUCAGAAUAUUGCACUCUUGACAACACCAGUGGUGCCACUGCAAGAAGAUGAAGUUGAUCAGCAGCUGUGGAAACUAGAUGGGAAGGUGCAACGUAAACGGGAUGAUAAACUUUGUCGCCAUGGUCCAAAAGCUUGCUGUGUGCAUUGCUCACCACUGGAACCAUUUGAUGAGGCUUAUCUUAAAGAGCAGAAUGUUAAACACAUGUCAUUUCAUUCAUAUCUCAGAAAACUUACAGCAGGUGUUGACAGGGGUAAAUUUGUAAACCUGGAGGAUAUUAGCUGUCGAAUCAGGGCUGGUUGCAAAGAUCAUCCACCUUGGCCUAAGGGUAUUUGCUCAAAAUGUCAGCCAAAUGCCAUUACCUUGAAUCGACAGGUGUAUCGCCAUGUGGACAACGUCAUGUUUGAGAAUGCCCAUCUUGUUGAACGUUUCAUUAAUUACUGGCGCAGUACAGGUCAUCAACGCCUUGGAUUUCUUUAUGGGCGUUAUGAAAUUCAUGGAGAUGUUCCUUUAGGUAUACGUGGUACAGUGGCUGCUAUAUAUGAACCACCACAAACAAGUACACGAGAUAGUAUUACAUUACUUGAAUCAGACAAGGACAGAAAGCAUGUGGAUGAUCUGGCUGGGCAGCUUGGCUUAAGGCGUAUUGGUUGGAUAUUCACCGAUCUUGUUACAGAUGAUGUGAAGAAAGGCACAGUGAAACAUGUUCGUAACAUAGAGAGCCAUUUCUUGUCUGCAGAGGAGUGUAUAAUGGCAGGCUACUUUCAAAAUCAGCAUCCAAAUCCCUGUCGUUUCUCACCUGUUGGGUACUUUGGCUCAAAGUUCGUGACUGUCUGUGUCACAGGUGAUGCAAGCAAUCAAGUCCAUAUGGAAGGAUAUAGUGUUUCUAAUCAGUGCAUGGCUCUUGUGAGAGACAAUUGUCUUGUCCCAACAAAAGAUGCACCAGAACUUGGUUAUGUUCGUGAAUCAACAGACAAACAGUACGUGCCAGAUGUCUACUACAAGGAGAAAGAUGGUUAUGGUAAUGAGGUAUCAAGAUUGGCUCGUCCUCUUCCGGUCGAAUAUCUUCUAGUGGAUGUGCCAGCGUCCACCCCAUUAAUUCCUCUGUAUACGUUCUACGCCAGUGAUGCCAUACAAGCUUUUCCCGUUGAAAACAGGCUGGUUGAUGGUCACAUCCAGGAUUUCAACACAUUAAGCAACUACCUACAACAGUUCUCACCAGAUCAGUUUCUAAAUGCAGUCUCUGAUUUUCAUUUCUUGUUGUACAUUUCAACAAUGGAUAUGCUGCCAAUGAAGGAGUAUAUGGGACCAUUGCUUGAAGCAGUGCGGACACAGAAUAGUGAAAUGGCACGGGACUGGGCUAGGUCAGAACACUGGGCAACAGUAGAACAACUUAUUGCUGCAAGUUCCUUAUCGCCGCCUUCAUCACGACCUCAAAGUAGCACAUUUACAUCUCCAUUAACAGCUCCUGCUGCCUCUGCAGCAGCAACAGCAGCAAUGCCAUCAUCACCACCAAUGCACGAUGAUGCAGGCUGGACCUGCAGUCAUUGCACAUUUUUAAACCCAACUGAACUAUCAAGUUGUGAAAUGUGUCAACUUCCAAGAUAAAUUUGUUUUUACAGAAAGAAAAAAAAAAAAAAAAAGAA